CUAAGCAAGGCCAGGGAUUGAAUUGGCCUCCAUGGAUACUAGUUUGGUUCAUAACCCACUGAGCCACAGGGGCAACUCCCCGGGCUCUUUUGCCUUUAGGCAGCCUACCUGCUCAUGAGUGGAGCUGUGUCCCGUUCCAGUUAUUCGUUUGGCCUGAGGCAUCUCAGCACUGUGUGGGUAGGCUGUUGGGUACAGCCAACUCUUAAUGCUAAUAAGGCAAUAAGUCAGCCUCCAGGAAGAUUCCCAGCUGACUAUUCCCCAGUUUGCAGCCGCCCCACCAUCACCUCCAGGAGUCUCUCCAAGACCAGAAACACCAAUUAAGAUUGAGGCCAAAGUGCUUCCCAUACUUCUGUCUUCUGCCUCCUGACCCAAACUUGGUACUCUUCCUGUGGCCCUGGAUGUUUUCAAAGUGAUCAUGAGACCAAGCUUCUGAUUCACACCAGGCUUCUAAUCAAUAGGGAAAAAUUUUGGCCACUUGAAUGAAAAUUUGGAUUUAAUAGGACAACUGGCCACAAACUCAAAGGAAGAGCUGAAUAAUUCAGCUUCAAGGAGACAGAAAAGCAUGGACUUUCACUCUGAAGGCUGCUAUUAAGGCCAACCUUUUGAUGUGGACCCUCCUUCUUUGUUGAGUAACCUUCUGAUUGAUGGGAAACAGAUGAGAAAAAAGUCUGUUCAUCCUUUUCAGUCAACUGACAAUGAUGUGAAAAAAGAAGUUAACACUGAGAAUUUAAUGACUAAUUUAUCAAAUUCAUAUGCUUCAGAUUUGUUGCCAUCCAAAGAUGACAAAGAUUUAACAAAAUGUUUUCUGCUACAAGUGGUAAAUAUUCUUCUGCACUACAUCGAAAAAACUUUUGAUGUCAAGAGUAAGAUAUUGGACUUUCAUCAUCCUCAUCAACUUCUUGAAGGUUUGGAUGGGUUUAACUUACAACUGUCUGACCAUGCUGAGUCUCUGGAGCAGUUGCUUGUUGAUUGCACAGAUACCUUAAAAUAUGGCGUUAAAACAGGACAUCCUCGCUAUUUUAAUCAGCUCUCCAGUGGGCUGGAUGUGAUUGGACUUGCAGGAGAAUGGUUGACAGCCACUGCAAAUACCAACAUGUUUACAUAUGAAAUAGCUCCAGUAUUUACUGUCAUGGAAACAAUUCUGCUCAAGAAAAUGUGUGAAAUUAUUGGCUGGGGAGAAACAGAAGCGGAUGGAAUAUUUUCACCUGGUGGGAGUAUAUCGAACCUCUAUGGUAUAUUAGUAGCUCGUUAUAAGCAAUACCCAGAGAUAAGAACAAAAGGCAUGAGAGCACUUCCAUGCAUUGUAUUAUUUGUUUCCGAACAAGGUCAUUAUUCAGUAAAAAAAGCUGCAGCAAUCCUUGGUAUUGGAACUGAUAAUGUAAUUGAAGUAAAAUGUGAUGAGCGGGGAAAGAUGAUUCCAGCUGAGUUAGAGAAAAAUGUAUUACAAGCUAAAAGAAAGGGCCAAACUCCUUUUUGUGUCACUGCCACUGCUGGCAGCACAGUGUUUGGCGCCUUCGACCCUCUUCACAACAUUGCAGACAUUUGUGAGAUGCACAAACUCUGGAUGCAUGUGGAUGCAGCGUGGGGAGGUGGAUUGUUGCUGUCCAGAGACCAUUCCUAUAAACUCAGCGGCAUUGAAAGGGCCAACUCUGUGACCUGGAAUCCACAUAAACUCAUGGGUGUCCCCCUUCAGUGCUCUGCUAUCUUGAUCCGGGAAAAAGGACUUCUGGGAGCAUGCAACCAGAUGGGAGCUGGAUACCUUUUCCAGCCUGAUAAACUCUACAAUGUUGACUUUGACACUGGGGAUAAAGCUAUUCAGUGCGGGCGACAUGUUGAUAUCUUUAAGCUGUGGUUAAUGUGGAAGGCAAGGGGAACAUAUGGCUUUGAAGCACAGAUCAACAGAUAUAUGGAACUUGCAAAAUACUUUUAUAAAGUUUUAAAGAAAAAAGAUAACUUUAAGCUUGUGUUUGAUGCAGAGCCCGAAUUCACCAAUGUCUGCUUCUGGUACUUCCCACCAAGACUUAAACAUAUUCCAAAAGGUUUUGAAAGGGAUCAAGAACUACAAAAGAUUGCUCCAAAGAUUAAAGCACAGAUGAUAGAGGAAGGUACAGCCAUGAUAAGCUACCAGCCAUGUGGGGACAAAGUAAAUUUUUUUCGAAUGGUCUUUUCUAAUCCUGCCACAAGACAAAGAGAUGUUGACUAUCUUAUUGAUGAAAUUCAAAGACUUGGGAAAGAUUUAUGAUGCUGCAAUAUGAACUUGUAUACCAAAUGUAAACAUCAACCUAAAAAAAAAAUCUGCUCAAGAUAACAAGAAAGGAACAGUAUAAAUAAUAUCCUCUUUAGAACAUUUGAUUCUCUUUAAUCCUAUGCUAUCCAAGAUGAUGAAAAGGGAGUGGGUUCAUUGAAGACAGAUAGAUAGAUAAUGGAUUCAGAUUUGUUUAUGUCUUUGUUGUUUUCAUUAAUUUAAUAAAAAUAUUGAAAAUCUGUUAAAUGUCAGGGACUUGUAUUGGUGUGCUUACAUCAGUAAAUAAGAAAGAUGAAAAUCCUUCCUCUUAUAAAGAAGUUCCAUUGUGAACAUUCAGUAAGUUAGCAUAUAUUUACACGAUUGAAUUAACUGCAUAAUGACUUUUUGUGCUGAAAUCAUUUUCUUUCUUUUUUUUUUUUUUAAG